AUGCCGCGCACAGCAACCUCUGAGGACCUGAAGGACGACGCCUUUGAGAUGAGGGAGGAGGUUCCCAGGACUCGGAUCGGGCGCGUCUUCUCCAGGAUCAUCUCCAGGCGCCGGAAACCUCGAGGCCAGGAUUUCUACGAGCUCUCCAGGGACAGCUCCCACCCGGGGACGGGCUCCGUCAGUCAGCAGUAUGCCUCCCACGCGUCGCACGCCGAAUUGGACCGUAACGGGCUCACCUCGGCCGGGGGCGCGAGGAAUUGGCGCAACCAGAGCACCGACGGGUUGACCGCCUACCAGAGAGCCAUCCAGAAGUUGGACAGGGAGGCCAUGGGACCGGCGCCACCUCAUGCACCGCCAGCAAGGAACUCGUUGCAUGGCAUCACCCCCGAGGACAGUGGCCACCCGCCACAGGGUCCGUCACCACCCGCAUCUGCCCCCUACAACCAGCUCCAGUACAGCUCGCUGCCGUCGAUGCCCUCACCAGCAACUACUCGCCUUUCGACCAGGCCCGACCGCCGCUUCGAUGUCCCCUCUCCCAUUACAAUUGCACCCCAACAACUGGCGUCGGCGCCGCUUGUGAACAACUCUUCCAACCCCGACUCAACCUUCAUAUCCUACUCGCCCUAUCAGUAUCACACACCUCACACCGUCUCGCCCCUGCCGACCGGUGACGUGGGCCCGGUUUCCAGGCACGGGCCCCCAUCCUCACCCUCAUCCGAAUCCGUUCAGUCGAGCCGAGCCUCGCGGUCUCCGGCGUCACUGUCGUCACUCAGCAGGAACAACUCGGCUGCCAAGCCGAUCGAGUCUCGUUCUUUGCCCCCGCCAACCCCGACAUACCACCAGAGCCAGAGGGCACCGAUCGACACCGAGAACAUAGUGUGCCUCGGUCCCAUGCCCGACAACAUGCAGUUCCCGUCGUCCUCAAAUAAUCACUUCAGGUCUCAGACGCAGCAGAAUCCCCGCUCACCGCCCAUGCUGGUCAUACCAAACGGACAGCAGCGCAGCCCCCCCGCCUCGCCAAGCAGCCCCCCGAGCCCCGUUACCCAGGACCUGUUCCUGCACGACCAGAGCCCGCUGGCGCCUUACCAGAGCCCCGUCAAGUCCGUCUUCACGCGCGAGCUUUCCCUGCACUCGGACCGCCCGGGGACCGAAAGCUCCUUCCGCGAGGCCGAUCGCCGCGGGUCGACCGACAGCCUGGGCAGCAACUUCACCGUCGAGGAGGAGGCGCGCAUCCAGGCCCAGAUCGUCAAGAACCUGUCCAUGCUCGGCCAGGAGCGGGUGGGUGGGGAGGGCGACAUUGUGCACGUCCCUCAGCCCUCGCCCAGGAGGUACAGCUGGGAAGAUGUGUGA